AUGUCGUCACAACUUUUCGAGAAGGAGCACCGGGCUCAGUCGCCUACUAUCCGCGAGGAGUCUGGAUACGCCUCAGCAGCCUCGAGCCAGGACAGCCUGCCGGAGGUUUUUUUCACCAAGCCUCAUCUCAAGUUCCUCAAUGCCCAAUUGCAGAAGCUGGAGCCACAGGACAUUCUCAAAUGGUGCAUCACAUCCCUGCCUGGACUGUCGCAGACAACCGCCUUUGGACUGACUGGCCUCGUCACCCUGGACAUGCUUUCUAAGAUGGACGGGCCUUACAAGCACAACACGGACAUGAUCUUCCUGGACACACUGUUCCACUUUGACGAGACCUACGCACUGGUCGACCGUAUUCGUAAGAGGUACAACAUCCCUGUUCACGUGUACAAGCCUGCCGGCUGUGACAACGUAGCGGAUUUCAACGCACGGUACGGCGAGAAGCUCUGGGAGAGCAACGAGGACCAUUACGACUACGUUGCCAAGGUCGAGCCUGCUGAGCGUGCGUACUCGGAGCUCCAAGUCAAGGCAGCCCUCACCGGACGCCGCCGAAGCCAAGGAGGCAAGCGUGGUGAUCUCGACAUUAUCGAGGUCAACGAGGGCGGACUCAUCAAGAUCAACCCUCUGGCCAACUGGUCGUUUGCCCAGGUCAAGGCGUACAUUGACGCCAACAAGGUGCCGUACAACGAGCUCCUGAACAAGGGCUACAAGAGCGUCGGUGACUGGCACUCGACACAGCCGGUGGCGGCGGGAGAGGACGAGCGGGCAGGACGCUGGAAGGGCCGCAACAAGACAGAGUGUGGCAUCCACAACCCCAAGUCCAAGUACGCGCAGUUCCUCAUGGAGCAAGAGCUGAAGGCGCAGCAAGAGGCGCUCAGCGGGGCGCUGCAAAAGCUGGCCGUGUAG